AUGAUUAGCACUGCGCGUUAUUCAGAUGGUUUAAUAAAAUAUGUAUUAACAAAACAGAUAGAAGAAAUUCAAGCUAAAGAAAAGCGAAAAAAAGAAAAACAUUUAGAACUAAAGCCAAAUGUACCUUAUUUCGACGAAUCACUACUACUAGCCAAUGAUUUUCCAGUUGUGAUGCGACGCAUCCAGCAAUCAAUAAAAGAUUUUGUACAACAAGGAUUACAACCGAAUGAACAAGAAAGAGGUUAUGGUAGAGCAAACGCCGACAGGCGUUAUUUUUUGGUGAAGCAACCAAAUGAAAAUGUGGCAUUAAUGAUUCAAAAAGAUAAUGAUUGUGGUGUUGAUGAUGAUAUGAAUGAUGAUGAAGUUGAAGAACAAAAAGAAAGUAAAGAUAAUGAACAGCAUAAAAUGAGUAAUGAUCAAUGUGAGCCGUCAACAACGAAAGGUGAUGAUAAAGAACAAGUAGAAGAAGAAAACGAAGAAAAAAACGCUUCCCCUUUUGACAUCGAUGGCAAUGUCCUUGUUCAUCUGUCAACUGUAGCAAAGCUACAUCAGUUAUCGGUCCAGCGAAUAUUAAAUGAUUUACAUGGUGAUGUUCGGGAAAUCACACAAAAUUUUAAUCUUGACGAUCCAGCAUCGAUUCAGCGUAUAUUUGAAAUUAUUUUACAAGAUUUGGACGAAGGAAUGCCACCAGAAUAUUCCGGGGUAGCAUAUAAUGUGCCAUAUGAUUAUGUACAAAUGUUAAAGUGGUUGGGCAAACCCUCGACAAGAAAUAAAGCGGAUAAAUCAACUAGUGAUGAAAAAGACAUGGUCGCAGUAGUCAAUAAAGAUGAUGAAGUUCAUCAUAUUGAUUUUACAAAUCCCUCAAUUGUCGACGAUGUCACUGAUCUAUUUUCGUUUUAUGGAAAAAGAGAAGAUGCAUUUUAUGAUGAAUAUCCUGAUAUUGAAAUGGCCGCAAGACAGCUUGUUAUGGAUCAGUGUAAAAAGAAAGAAACAUCUAUCACUGCUGGUCAUGAUGAGGACACCUGUAAGUCUGGUGAAGUAUCAGCAAAACGUUGGAUUAUUCCUGGGAAUGCACCGUUUUAUAACAAAGGAAGAGGACCCAGCAUUAUGUGCUCAGACUUUAUGAUAGUGGAUCCAGAGAUGCAACCGGACCGGGCGCCCGUUUCCGGUCCGGUCGAGACUUAUCAAUCGGCCGGUUGGACCGGUUUCGGUCAAGCUGCUGGACCGGGACCGGUUGGCUUGGCUUAUAGCUAG